GUCGUCUGCUUCCGCCAAUGGCAGAAGAACUAAUAUGGCGUUCGUAGUUACUUCGUUCGGCAAGUCGCAAAGCUAGGAACGAUGUUCACUUUGGUCCGGAAGGGCUGAUUUCCGGACUCUCACAUUUGAUUUUUUGGUCGUUCAUGGAAUUAUCUUCGUAUUUUGAGUUCAGCAAGGUGUUGGUUCAUGGCGACUAGAAGUUUAACAGAAGUGUUCAUCCUUAUGAGGAACAACUCCCUUCAGAGCAAACACAUUUUUGCAGAACAGGCUCAAGAAGACACUGUCGCUCUUGUAAGUGAUCAAGAUGUGGAAAUGGGCCUCGGGGAACUUAGAGGUGCAACAAGUCCACCAAGAUGGUUGGAUGCCUUGGAGGAGGUUAAUUAUCAGAUGACAAAAAUAAAAGAAAAAUUAAAAGAGCUGUCAGAGCUACAUGAUCGACAUUUGAACAGACCAACGUUUGAUGAGACAUCAUCCAUAGAGCAACAGAUUGAGCAUAUCACGCAAGAGUUAGCCCAGCUGUUUAAUCAUUGUCAACAACUUCUAGCUGUAAUUCAGCAGGGGGCAAGACAUGGAGCCAAUGCUAAGGAAUCACACUUGGCGCAGAAUGUUGUACGCUCUGUUGCAGGUGCCCUGCAGUCCCUGACAUCGAAUUUCCGGAAUCACCAAAUAAAAUAUUGUAAAGGGCUUAAACAAAGGGAUGAGCAUUCCAGUAAAUUUUUUGAUGUGCCGUUCUCCAUGGAAGAAACAUCAACGGACCCUUUUAGAGAAACAAAGCAGAAUCUUCUUGAAGAUCAACUUUUCUUGAAAGACAAUACAGAGAUGGUAAAAGUAAGAAGCCAGGAGGUGAACUACAUCAUGAGGUCAAUUGCUGAUCUAAAUACCAUAUUUAAGGAUAUAGCCACAAUGGUAGCAGAACAGGGCACUGUGUUGGAUAGGAUUGAUUAUAACAUAGAUACAGCACAAGUGCAAGUACACCAAGGUCUUCAGCAGUUACAGAAAGCAGCUAGCUACCAAAAGAAGAACCACAAGAUGCUUUGUAUUUUGGUUAUGGCAGCAUCUACUAUAGUCCUUAUUAUCUUGCUUUUUGCCUAUAAACUAUGAGAACAUCAUUACACCAAGCUGUGCUAUAUGUGAUGGGACAAAUGUUGAUGUACAAGGUGUGAAUGCCUAUUUAGAUUUCAUUGUACAUUCUAAUAAAACUUGUGCUGCUUUAUUAGUGUA